CUUCAGAACAUUUCACCCUUCGCGUUUCUGGUCCUCAUCAAAGAGGGACACGGGAGGCAGUAUACCACCCAUUAACAAAGCCUGUCAAGCAAUGCGAUAGCGCCUGGUUUUUCCCUUGACUACCCCUCCAUCGCCUUAACAUCGCAACCAUGCUUUUCUUCAGUUUUUUCAAGACCCUCACCAACCAGACCGUCACCAUCGAGCUCAAGAAUGACAUUCGUAUCCGCGGAACCUUGAAGUCGGUCGAUCAAUACCUCAACAUUAAGCUCGACGAUGUCGACGUCCUCGAUUUGGACAAAUACCCUCAUCUCUCCUCGGUGAAGAACAUGUUCAUCCGUGGUAGCGUGGUCCGAUAUGUCAUGCUGCCUCGGUCAGAGGUCGAUGUUGGUCUUUUAGAAGACGCUACGCGGAGAGAGGCCGCGAACCAAGCCGGAAAAGCUCGGUGAUCGGUGAUUGAAGUCUGCUUUUCUUCGAGGCUAUCUGUCUAUGAUGAUGCAUAUCACACAAUUAACUCUUGCAUGAUCGCUCACGAUGCGAUCUCACUUAUGUUCCACGAACGAAUCGAUUGCGGGCGAGUGCUACAAGUUGGACCGGUGAUAGUGGUUGAGAAAUAUGAUACCACACGAGGGCGUAUUAAUGAUUUCAACGGGCGAAAGAGCGGUUAUUAUAUGCUUCAGUUGCCUUCUGACAGCUGGCUUAUAUCCUCAAUGGUGAUCGGACGUUAGAACAGCUCUCAGACUUUGGAAGGGAGUCCGAAAUGCCCCAACAAGAUUAAAUCUGUUAAUCAGGUUCAUUAACCCACGAAAC